CAUACAUGUAUUAUUGAUAAGAUAUUUGGGAGGGCAACUGCAGUAUGAACAUGAUUCUAAAUCUUUUGAUAAUUUGUUUCUGUAUAAAUGUAUUUUGUUCUAAAGGAGAAAAAGAUAAUGCAUUCAUAACUAGAAACAGCUUUACAUGGACAGAGGCCAAGAACAAUUGCACUAUGAUUGGACAAGAGAACUACGUAAACAUAUCAAGCAGCAUUGAUCAGGAAUUGUGGACAGAUGCUACAGUUACUUAUUCGCCAUGGAUAGAAUAUUUAGGGUGUUCACGAGUAACAAAUGAAAUUGCUGGAACUCCCGAAUAUGUUACAUCAGGACAACAGAUAAAAGAAUGUUUGCAUAUUUGUACCAAAUAUAAUUCCAUAGGUCUUCAGCAAGGACGAUGUGCUUGUCUACAACGUCUUCCGCCAGAUAAUGGCGAUUCUGAUCCUGAUUGUGAGUCAAAACAAUGCGAGAAUGAUGACAAUGGUUUAUGUGUAGACGACAAUGAUUCAGGGAUGUAUGCUGUGUACAGUAAACCAGUUUUUUCUAGAUAUGACAUACGAGCUGGGAAUUGUUUAUCAGUGGUUAGAAAUGAUAUCGGUGGAAAGGGAGUAGACUCUUACGAGGCAAUCCCUUGUGAUCGACAUUUGCUUCUAGUUUGUCAAACAGGAUACAACUUUGACACAGCGGGAACUGAUAAAUACGUAUGGUCGCAGUCCUUUCGUUGUUGUUCUUAUGGAACACUGGCACGAUAUUCAGUGGUUUUAAACCAAACAAUACAGCUAAAACUAAGUGAACAUUAUUGGCUUGCAAAUAUAAGAAGACCAACUUUUCACUUUUACUCAGACCCUGAACCAGAACCGAAAUAUUGUGGUUCUGCAAAGAUCAGUAGUAAUGGUAGACUGAUGAAAUCUGUUGAAAAAUGCGACAAACGUUUACCAGCACUUUGCUUAGAUCGACAGGAAUAUGUUAUUAAUCCUGAUAAAGGUACAGUUAUUAUUAAAUAUUAUAUUCUGGAAAAUCUGCAAUGA